ACUCUUCAGAUCAGGAGCGUUUGAACAAUAUUUUUCAGUUUGUACACUAGGUAUCCAUGUUGCCGGUAGCCGGCUUAGCAUGAAAAAAAAUCUGCUUUUGUUUCACCAUGGUCGUUAUCACACUUUUUUCUUGAGGGUAAACGACCUGUAGCUAGAUAAAUUAAACAAGAAAAGACGCCGUUCAUUUGCGAACAGAUCACCUGAUGAAUAGUAAACAUGAAAGGCGCAACGCACGUUUUGGAGCUUUUGCUUUUUUUUAAAUCACGUUUCAGAUAACUCAACGACUUAUACCGUUUAGGACCACGAGCAAAUAUUUCAAAGAACAUAACUUACAAAAAAUUCAGUAUUUUGUCAUCUUGCAGCGUUCAGAAAAAGCCAAUCGGCACGUCAGUUACAACUUUAAUUAAGCGUUGAUGUCUCAAUUCCAAGCUGCCGAUGUACUGAAACAUUUGUGAUGGUUACAUAGAAGUUUACUGAGUUAAUGCAACCUAUCGUUCGUUUCAAGAAGUUUGAAGUCUUUUAAACGUAUUCCUUUUAGGUUCCAUUGAUGAUAUAAACCUCGAUCGACUUCCGCACUUUUUAGACUCAAAACAUAUAAGAAAAACAUCAACACAAUAUGCAAAGUUUGCGGUUGUUAUGAAAUGCAAAUACACUCCGCUAUUGUUCACCGAAUGCCAUAUUUACGGCAUUGCCGAUACAAUUGUGUCUAUAUUGUCUUCACCGCCAACUUUGACUAAACAAGUUAUAAUUUCCAAUUACAUUUGCCCUUUUGUUUAUACUUCUGCUUUGCAUUGUUAGCACUCCAAUGACUUUUUUCCAACUGAUGCUGAGCUACACAAGAAAACAUAGUGCAGAGAAGUCGUUUGCGCAUUUCAUUUCGUCCUCUAAAUCAAUGAGAUAUUUUCACACAUUUGUCAUUUUGAGGAAGCUACCUAGACAAUUACUGAGGUAUAUUGCAAUUUCUUUGCGUGAUCUGACACCUUAUCCGGUAAUCCAUGAAUAAAUUGACUGAUUGAUUGACUCAUUGACGAAACGAUAACACUCCAAUGGACCCUGAAGAAAAUAGUCAGAACUAAACUCUAUUUAGUACCUAUGUUAUCUUUUCUAAAGAUAAGCUAAACAAUUCGCUAGAUCGAACACAGUGAUCUUGGUUAGAAAUAUGAUGAGCCAGAUAUGGAAAUUUUCUUUUGUGAGAUCGAUAAAGAUAACGUCCUAAACGAAGAGCAACGCUCCAAACACGAUACACUGGCAAAGAAAGUGUUAACAUUUCGCCGACAGGAAUAUGUUGUAAAGGCCACAGCCGACUCUCCUUGUUUCCCAAGCAUGUCUAGGUCAUACGUGGAGCAAGUUAGUAAUGUGGCCUGGCCAAAAAACAGAUUUUUUCGACAGCGUUCGCAUUCAUACCCAAUGGUGAAGCGUCUAAACCCCUUGCCAUGCCUGAUAGAGGAAGAUGAAAACCUAGAGUUGGAAAAACCAGCGAUUAUUAACACAAGGGUUCCUGAGGUAAAGAAAUUGAACUGGACAGACAACAAGUUAUCAGAUGAGUGGCUGAACAAGAUCAACAGACUAACAUCCACCAUGAAUCACUUGGAGAUUUGCACACCAAAAAGCCCUCAUCGCUCCGGAAAAUUGCCUACGCUAAACUCUAGCAGUGAUAGAAAAAGAGCAGGAUUUGUUCCUUGUCGUCAAGACUCGUCUAAAAUACGUGGAAUUGCACCAUCCGAACGCUUUGUAAAGGUUGUGAGGAAGGAAAGCUUGCCUCAACUUUCUGACGUACGCAAACCUGAUUCAACGUACAUUUCCUUGAUCAGCGGAUUAACACAGGAAACACAAAAGCAGACGCAUGCGCAAUUUGGUGGACACCACAUAGAUGGAGAGGGAAAGAAUCAUGAACUAAAGAAGGCGAAAAACUGUAAAAAUCUAAAUUGCAUUCAAAUGAACAUGUUUACUCAACGAAAGCUUUUCUGCUCUUCCCCCAACGCUCAUCGUCAACUGUCGAGCAGUUGCGAGUACAUUAAACAGAUUGGCCGGUAGAUAAGGAUGCUAGCUAGUUCAUAACUGAUACAUGGUGGUAUACAGAUAAUGUUACCUGCCACUCGUGCACAAGGGAAGCGUGAAACAAGAGGACAAUAACACGGGGAAAGGUGUGGUGUAGAUAAUAAUGUGUUCGUUAAACCAAUGGUCUCUUUAAUUUUGCGCGAGCUCCUAACGCGAUAACGAUGAUCUGUUAAAAAAAAAAAAAACUAGUCGUUCGUGACUGCAGCGCUAUUAGACUAAGUUGAGUCAACCCAAAACCUUAGGAAAUUGAAGGAGCCAUUUUCAAGCAGUGAAAACUUUCUGCCCAUAAGAAGUUCAUCCAGCAUCUGUUAGUGAUCAACCUCAAAUCACAGAGGUGACUAAGUCGGGAUUGAUUUUGACAUGCAACAUUAAUUUUCUCUGAAUUAUUUGUAAAUUAAUUAGAAUUCAAUAAAUCAAAAGGAAAAAAAGUUUUAAAGGAAAAUUUCGUUUUCUACAUGUAUUGAAAGAAAAGUUAUUUGAGUUAAAUUAUUUCUUUGAAAACAGCACAAGAAAAUGUUUUAUUUGACUUGAAAAGAGAGGCUACGCAGAUUUUGAAAUAGCGAUCUGUUGUGUCUGUCUAUUAAAGUUGUAAUUGUGAAAUGUGUAUCCCAGGUAAAUUUAACUAGAAGCCAAAAGUUGAUUAUUUCUUGUACAUUAUAUUAAAUUAAAAAAUAUCAACGAUGCAAUCUAUUAUGUAAGUCUGUCAAGUCUACGCGAUGAAAAUAAAUAUUAUUUAUUACGUA